AUGUAUUGUCUCAAUUUGAGCUAUGAUCCAAGUGAAUGGAGAUUAUUCAUAGAUUCAUCAAAGCUAAGCUUGAAAGCUGUAUUACUGCACAAUGGAAAUCAUUUUCCAUCAGUUCCUUUUGGCCAUGCAGCUCACAUGAAAGAAACUUUCCUAAAUAUGAAAACUCUUCUUAACCCAAUCAAUUACAACGAACACAAAUGGAAAAUUUGUGGUGACCUAAAAGUAUUCCUAAAAAUACAUGAACUUGUGAAAGAUCCUGCAUUUGAUGAAGUUUUGAAGGGGCAAGAAAAAGAAACUUGGGAAUCUCUCAAGGGAGUGAUUUGUGGAUUUUUAGGCAACAGAAGAGAUGAUAACUACAUCCAAUUGGUAACAGUACUUCUGCAAAAACGCCAUCAACUAAAAUGUAACAUGUCCAUGAAGAUUCACUUCCUCCACUCACAUUUAGACUUCUUUCCCCUUUGUGGAGCUCUUAAUUAUCUAAAUCAGGACAUAGAAAAUCCAUCAACAACUAAGACCAUUGGACAUCUUAUUGAUUCCCUUUAUGAAAAAAAUCUUAUUGAUAAAGAAACUUUUGAAGUUCUCAUGCCAUUUAAAGAUGUCAAAUAUUCAGUUAUUGAGCAUGAGGAUGAGUCUUCUGAAGAAUAUGAAAAAGUGUAUGAACUCUCAAAUUUGUUGUACUCAAAGUCUGAAGAGGCUUACGGAUAUCUUAAAUCAAUAAUUCCCCUUCCAAAUAUUGCAAUAUCUCCUACUAAAGAUAAAUGGUUUAUUAAUAUUCAUUAA